AUGAACAAAGUGUUUGUAAGUAACUUUCCAGAGUGCUACUCUGAGGAAAACAUAGAAGUAAUCUUCAGUCCCUUUGGAGAGAUAAAGUCAAUAAGCAUUGUGAAAGAGCCCAGGGUGUUCGCAAUCGUUGAGUUCAGAACGCCUCAGCAGUGCACAGUUGCAAUCGAAUCCAUAAAGGGGAGAAGGCUAUAUGGAUGCACAGGCGCAUUGCAAGUGGAGCUUGCCUUUGAUAGAAAGAGAAGGGUUGUUGUAUCUGGAGUUCCAUUAGGCACGCAUCAGCACGAGAUUUCAGACUUCUUCAAGUAUUAUGGCGCUGUGGAGAAUGCCAUGCAAAGUAAUGAUGGCCUUGUAGUAGUUGACUACUCGUUACAAAAAGAUGCAGAGGAUCUGCUUGCAUUAGACGGGAAGGUUUCAUUUAACCACAGCACUGCUAAGCUGUCAAUUAAGCCGUUUGUAAAGAAGGAAAAAAUCGACAGAACCAUAAGUCCCGAAAGAUGCAUUUUUGUAUACAACUUACCAGCCAAAAUGACCAGCACAGACCUUAGAGAGUCGUUUGAGAAGUUUGGAUGCAUUGUUUCAUCCGGAGUGCUGAGUGGAGGAAAAGGAUUCGUUAACUACGACAGAGAACUUUCUGCCUUGAAAGCCAUCAGGCAUAUGGAUGGAAAGAAGAUUUCUGGAAGAAAGGCCAGGGUGGUGCUGAAAUCUAUGAAAAAAGAGCUUCCUGGUAGCUGA